AGGAGAGGUGGAGUGGGUAGGAAGGGGAGGGUCUUGAGAGACAGGAUGAGUAGGAAGAUCUGUCAGAUUCACUGUUUCUUUACAGAAGCUUUGACACCUUGCAUCAUUACACCUGGGAAACCGAGGAACUAAAUCAGGUUGGCUAUGAUGAUGGAUUUUUUUUCGGGAUGAUGAGAAACCUCUAAGUGUCCUUGCCUUUGGUCCCCUGCAGGCAAUUUAACAAGAUAGCACAGAAGUAGAUCUUCAUCAGGAAGCUGUGACAGACAGGAGGGCGACUGCAAAAUAAAGAGAGAGAGUGAGGGUGAAAGACAGCCAAGGAUUUAAAGAUCUAUAACUUUUACAAUAGCUCAUAACAUCUCAGUUUUUCAGGAUUGUUCACUUAUUUCUUGAAGACAGCAUAUUUGACCUGAGAGCAUUUUCACCUAAUUUCAUCUGAGAUAUCACAAGAGUAAUAAUAAGACAAUGCUGCCCAACUCUGGGCUGCCAAUACUAGCUCUACUUCUGAUAACCGUCCCUCUAGUGGUCAGAGGGCAAAAUGAUACGGAGCCCAUAGUACUGGAGGGAAAAUGCCUGGUGGUCUGUGACUCGACACCAUCCUCAGAACCUGCAGGUAAUGCGCUGGGGAUGUCUGUGCGUUCAGGUACCGGCCGUGUGGCCUUUUCCGCCACACGCCAAACCAACCAUGAGCCCACAGAUAUGAGCAACCGCACCAUGAUCAUCUAUUUUGACCAGAUCUUGGUGAACGUUGGCAGUCAUUUUGACCAAGAAAGCAGUAUCUUCCUUGCUCCGAGACGAGGGGUGUACAGCUUCAAUUUCCACGUGGUGAAGGCGUACAACAGACAAACCAUACAGGUGAGUUUGAUGUUGAAUGGAUGGCCGAUGAUCUCGGCUUUUGCUGGAGACCAGGAUGUGACACGGGAGGCAGCCACAAAUGCAGGGCUUGUGAUCAUGGAGCGAGGCGACAAGGCUUACCUCAAGCUAGAAAGGGGCAACUUAAUGGGAGGCUGGAAGUACUCUACUUUUUCAGGCUUCCUGGUCUUCCCCUUAUAAAGAUGGCCGUGUGGGGAAGAGAAGAGGUGGGAGACGGGAAAGAGCGAGGAUGAGGAUUUAUGUUAGGAAAAUGAAUGCCAUAGAAAAGUUCAUGUUUGUUAGUGUCAGAACAGAGAAUAUGCAGAAAAUGGGAAUAUUACUUAUAUUUUAUCAUUUACAUUAUUUAGAAAUAUUGUUAAAUAUUAUUACAAUACAAAUAAUAUUAUAGUUAAAUUUUAUGGUGAACAAGAUUUGAAGACAAAAGUUUAAAAAUGUUUCUAAAAUUAGUUUUAGUGUUUUUUUUAAUAUAAUGUAUUUAAGAUCAUGUGAUCAUAAAAAAUGCUGGGUUAAAAACAACCAAAGUUGGGUUGAAAAUGGACAAACCCAGCGUUUGGGUUGUUUUAACCCAGCAGUUGGGUUAAAUGUUUGACCCAACCUGCUGGGUAGUUUUAUUAACUCAACUAUUGUUUUAAAAUUACUGUAUCGCUUGCUUAAAAUGAAUCCAAAGUAUGUUGGAAAUGAACAUUUAUUAAUAUGUUUAAUAAAUGAACUAAUAAAAUAUGUUUAAUAAUUAAACAAUUUUUUAAAUUGCUUAUUAAUAAAUGUUCACCUUUUGAUUAUUAUUGUUGCCUCCAGUAAUUAUGUGUCUGAUUUCCAACCUAUUUUGGGUUCAUUUUAAGCCAGACAUAUAGUCAUUUUUAAACAAUAGUUGAGUUAAAUAAAACUACCCAGCAGGUUGGGUCAAAAAUUUAACCCAUCUGCUGUGUUAAAACAGCCCAAACGCUGGGUUUGUCCAUUUUCAACCCAACUUGGGUUGUUUUUAACCCAGCCUUUUUUAGAGUGUAUGAUUAAACUAAAAACUGGCAUUGAUGGGACUGUCCUAAUAAUAUCUUUGAAAUUAUGUAUGUCAAUUUUUUGACCAAAAUUCAAUUUCUGAAAUCGCUUUUAAUGAAACAAAAAAUUAAAAUAUAGCUUAUCUUUGUGAGGUUUCUGUUUCUCAUGUCUAUGUUUGCCUGCUUAUGGAGCUGUGUGUGUAUAUUUCAAAGCUUUGUAAAGAUAAAUCUCAUUAAAUUGAGUCCCUUAACUAAAAA